UUGUCAGGAUUUUGUGUUGAAAAGGUAGCGGAGAAAACACAAGUGUGUCCAGAUUUGAGGCAGCAGCAGAGCUGCGGAGCGUGUUGUCUCUCCACGGUUCUCAUGUGUGUUAUAAGUCCCGCCUCCUGCUUUGAGCUCGAGACGUUCAGACGAACAGCGCGAGGAAAACACAUAAACAUGGCAGAGGAAGCUCCAGCAGCAGCGCCGGCUAAAGCCCCGGCCAAAGCCCCGAAGAAGAAGACGGCUCCCCGGGCCAAGAAAGAUGGACCCAGCCUCCCUAAGCUCAUCGUGGCCGCUGUGGCAGAGUCCAAGGAGCGGAAGGGGAUGUCUCUGGCGGCACUCAAGAAGGUGCUGGCCGGGAAAGGUGUGGAUGUGAGCAAGGCUAACAAGCGCAUCAACACCGCCGUCACCAAGCUCGUCUCUAAAGGCACCCUGAGCCAGACUAAAGGAACGGGAGCCUCCGGUUCUUUCAAGCUCGCCAAGAAAGAGCCCAAAGUCGCCAAACCAGCCAAGAAGGUGGUGAAGAAGAAGGCUCCCGCCAAAGCCAAGAAGCCCGCCGCCGCUAAAAAGACCACGGCGGCCAAGAAACCGGCCGCUAAGAAGGCAGCAGUCAAGAAGUCCCCCAAGAAGGCUCCGGCCAAGAAAGCGGUGAAAAAGGUAGCAGCCAAGAAGAGUCCUAAGAAGCCUGCUGCUAAGAAACCAAAGACCGCAAAGAAGCCCGCAGUCAAGAAAGCUGUCGCAAAGAAGCCUGCAGCAAAGAAAGCUGCCACAAAGAAGCCCGCAGCGAAGAAGGCCAAGAAGUAAAAGCCAUUAAAUCCAGCGUUCAGUGCACCAAAGGCUCUUCUUAGAGCCACCACACACUACCUAAGAACUUAUUCCUCAUUUGAAGAAAUGUUUUCAAUAUAUGUAAACCUCAGUAUAUUGUUUGUAUAUAAAAUAAGCUGAGGUUUUGUGCUGUUUGCUAUAUAUGUACAUAGUUACACACAGACAUCUUUAAAUUUGGGCUAUGUAGUGGUUCUAAUUUUAAAUCAGGUUUAGAGUUAAACAAAUUUAUGAUUUUCCUGCUUUACAACUACAAUAUGUGUGUGAGCAAGCAGGUCAGGGCUGUGUUUAUUUUUAAGCACAUUAACGACAAGUUAGUUAGUUCCAUUUUUUGUGGAGAUGGUUUGAUGACCUCAAUGUACAACCACAGUCCACCCCCCCACCCCCCUCCACAAAGGUGUAAAUAAGAAAAGUAAAUCAAUAUCUUUGUGUAAAAAUAUUGUUGAUAAUUGAGGGCUUAUGAUAAAGGAGGAAAGGUGAGCAAGCCUUAUCUGAGCAUUCAAACCGGCAACCCAUGGGCUACAGGACACCACUCUGUCAACUGAGCCAUGCUGCGCUGAAAGCCUGCUGAUUUCUGGAGUACUUGUAGGGUAGAAAUAGACUUUUUCAGAAGACCAGAGAGCAGGACAUUAAAAAAAAAUUGUUCUACUAGUAUGCAUGCAUAAGAAACCAUAAAAUUUUUUUAAGAGGUAGGCAUAUAAUUGGGUUUAGUUAGGAGAAAAGUCAACCAAGCCUCUUUGCAUCAACCAGGACAAAACUCUCCAGUUUUUCCUCAGGUAAAAUCAGAGGUUCAGAACUGUUAAGUUAACAAUAUGUUGGGAUAACAGACUGUAACUAAUAGUAUUGAUUUUAUUUUUGAAGUAGUCUGCAAAGUCCUCACAUGCAGCAUAUAAUGCGGUCAUACAGGAUUUGUUAAAAUCAGCAUUUAUUAAAAGAUCAGUGGUUUUAAAAAGGAA